AUGUCGGCUCCUAUGAGUGAGACAGAUCAGAAUAUCCAAAUUUGGAAAGUCAAGAAGCUCAUUAAGAGCUUGGAGAAUGCGCGUGGUGCAGGCACGUCGAUGAUCAGUUUGAUCCUGCCACCCAAGUCACAACUGUCACAGGCGACCAACAUGCUUACGCAGGAGUAUGGUACAGCGAGUAACAUCAAGUCGCGUGUGAACCGUCUGUCCGUGCUGGCCGCUAUCACGUCGACGCAGCAGCGUCUGAAGCUGUACUCGCGUGUGCCCGAUAAUGGUCUCGUUGUAUACUGUGGUACUGUGCUCACGCCCGAGGGAAAAGAAAAAAAGGUCAACUUUUCGUUUGAGCCGUUCAAGCCGAUCAAUACAUCGCUGUACUUAUGUGACAACAAGUUCCACACGGAAGCGCUCUCUGAAUUGCUCGAGUCGGACGCGCGCUUUGGUUUCGUUAUCAUGGACGGUAACGGAACCCUCUUUGGUGUUGUCUCAGGCAACACACGCACUGUGCUGCACAAGUUUUCCGUGGACUUGCCCAAGAAGCACGGUCGUGGUGGUCAGUCGGCCCUGCGUUUCUCGCGUCUCCGUGAGGAAGCGCGUCACAACUAUGUCCGCAAGGUGGCUGAGCUUGCGUCGCAACACUUUAUCACUGAUAACAAAGUCAAUGUGACGGGUAUUGUGCUUGCCGGUUCUGCCGAUUUCAAAUCGGUGCUGAGCCAGUCAGACCUGCUUGACUAUCGCCUGCGGCCCAAGAUUGUGCAGCUUGUAGACGUGUCGUACGGCGGUGAAAAUGGUUUCAACCAGGCCAUUGAGCUCGCCGCUGACAGUCUCGCCAACGUCAAGUUUGUCCAAGAAAAGCGCCUGAUCCAGAAGUACUUUGACGAGAUCUCGACGGAGACGGGCAAAUACUGCUUCGGACUCGACGACACAUUCCGCGCACUCGAGAUGGGUGCCGUCGAGAUACUUAUUGUGUGGGAAAAUCUCGAGCACAUGCGCCAUGUGUUUAAGGACUCGGAAGGUCGUGAACAUGUGUUCAUGCUGAGCAAAGAGCAAGAAGACGACGAAGAUCGCUCGCGCUUCAUCGACAAGGAGACAGGCACAGAGAUGGAAGAAGUCGGCGAGCCGAUGCCCCUGCUCGAGUGGAUCGCAGAGAACUACCAACAGUUUGGUACGAACCUCGAGUUUGUGACGGACCGCUCUCAAGAGGGCAUGCAGUUCUGCAAGGGCUUCGGUGGCAUCGGUGGUAUUUUGCGAUACAAAGUGGCUUUCGAUGACCUUGCUCUCUACGAUGAACAGGAAGACGAGUUCAUGAGUGACGACGAAGACAUCUACUAG